UGGCGGUCGUACACGGUGCACUCAAAUGUCUGCUAUGAAUUUGAGUUCAUUAACAAAAAUCUAGUAGAUAUUGUACAUGUUUUAUAUACGUAGGGUAUAGAUAUCGAGAGAGGCAAGAAAGCAGAUCAACCAAGCACACGUAAUCGUAGGCUUGCUAGCUACCGGUAGCCAGUUAGCUGCUAGUCAUACACAUUUAGCUAAGUUCGUUAUUUCUGGAGAAGCAGCCCGCUAAUGUCAGUGAGAAGGGCUCUGGUGGACUGUGUUGUGUUGUCUCUUCAGGACUCGUGUGUGUUAUACCCUUGUUGUAGAGGAUGCUUCUCCAGGAUGCAACAGACGGACACGGCCAGAUGGCACUGCUCCAGGUCUUGCUACAGCUGUCUGGAACCACACCUGGACUACAGGUACCGCCUGUCUCUAAGGGUAACCAGAGACAACACCAUAUUUGGGGUGACUGUGUUCGGGAGCUGUCUCAACCCCCUCUUUGGAGCCCCUGCCACCGACCUUCACAGGCUGGUGGAGGAGUCUUCCGGUCCGAUGGGAGGUGAAGGUCAGAGGUCAGGAUGUCAAAGCAGGCUGCUGGUUAAGGCUGUAGAGGACUGCUUCAUUGGAAGACAUUUUGUUUUUGGGAUCAAGAUAUCUGGCCCCAACCCUUACAGGAGAGAGACAGGCCAGUUCAUCGCCAGUCAGAUCUCUCUGCCCCUGGCCUCUGUUCCAGGCUGCUCUGUAGUCAGUUACUACAGAACCCUCCUACAGCAAGCUGCUCUCUGCGCUGACUGGACUACUGAUCCUAGACCAGCCUCCAAGAGCCUCCUACAACAGGCCUCUGUCUGUAGAACUGAUCCUAGACCAGCUCCCCAGCCCAGCGCUGACACCAGUACAGCUCCUCUCCUGCUCCACCCUUCUCCUCUCCACAGCUUCGACUCUACACUGCCCUCCUGUGGCCGAUCCAUGUCACUGCAUUGCACCAUAACCCUCACCCCAACCCCGACCUACAUACACACAGCACCCUGGCAACAGUCUCCGGGGGUGAUCACGUCGUCUGCAGAACAGGAGGAAGAGGAGGGGGGGAGAGAGGAUAAAGGACUGAGUCAUGGGAAGGGAGGACACAGUAGGAACAGUAGCCAGGGGGAGGGGGGACACCGUAGGAACAGCUACUGGGAUGUUCUGUCCUCUUUCUGUGAAGGCUCUGACUCCCCUGUUCACCCCCCUGCCUCUCUCACGUGGACCGCUCCAACUCAGCCUGGCCAUAUACGGACUGCACCGUCCAGCCUCAGGAAGAGGGGUGUUUCAGACACGGAGGAGGAGUACAGGUCAGUGUGUGAACAAACCUGUCGAUCUGACUUUGUGGCCUGGGAAGACCUGCCCUUCUCUGAGUGUCUGGGGGAGUUUGUCUGUGAUCCUGCAGACACAGAGACACCAACUGACCAUCAUGCCCAGACCAGCCCUGUGGGGAGAAACUUGUCCACUACGCUGACAGACACAGAGUCAAGCUCCACAUCACACAGAAGUCUACUGGACAUUACUAAUGUUGGACAGCUGACCCAUGGAGGUCUCAGCCCUCGGUCACCCGGACACACAGCUGACCUGGAGGAGGAGUAUAACUGUUCAGCAGACCUCUUCCACUGCUCUCAGACCAGCAUCAACACACACACACCCCACACGGACUCACACACUCCACCCCCAUCAUCAGGAUAA